AUGCGAAGUGGAGCCACUAACGAACAAGUGAUGGAGGUGAUGAAACACGUGCUCGAUCACAUCCACGAAUCCGAACCACCGCCAAUUCUGCUCACCGAUCGCUACGAGAAAGUCUCACUCAUGCAACACACGCCCACACCGAGCACACCAUCAGCUGUCUGGGUCGAAGACGAGAUGGUCUACCAGGCGCCGCUUCGAACCGAUCUGCCGAACGCGGAGCACGUUCCCUCGCCAACCAUCAUGUCAAUACGAAGUUGGCGUCCCCCGUCUCGGUACAGCAAUUCGUCGGCAAGCGGACGAUCACUUAUGUUUCACCGAAUGAGAUCCCGAGGCGAUUCAUGGGAUGAGUCGGGACCAUCACUUUCUGAACAUUGCUCUUUGUCCACUGAGCCAAGUGUUCAUUUGAGAGUGAACUAUUGGGACGAGUACCGAUCCCCGGAGCCGUCUGUGGACUCGUUCAAGUUCGAGUUCCCGCUGCCCAGCCCUGACUACGAGAAAAUCGCGCUCUCCGCGAAACGCUCUCGUCGCAUCCGUUCGUGUCCCGGCUCCUAUGCGAUCCCCUCUCCUCCAUCUUCAGCUCAUUCAACCGCCUCCACGAGUUCCUCUUGUGAUCUGUUGGAAAGAUGGGAAAGCGAUCAACUGCAUUUCCAAUCACCGCGACAACCGAUGACAAAUAUUAGAGAUGAAGAGGAUGAAGAAGAGAAGGACGACGAUUCAUCUUUUCGUCUACUUUCCCCACCGCAAGUUUGUUCUCCUGUCGAAGUUCAUCAAAUCGACGAAGAAAUCCCCCGUCUUCCCCUUCAUUUAAUGUCCCCGCCAUCAUCGGAAAGACUUCGAAGAACCCUUUUCCCGAUCCCCGAAUCGAGACGUUCCUCCAUUGUGCAAGGGCCAGCCCCAGUGGAACCUUUGCUAAAGAAAAAGAAACGAGCUCGUUUACUGAAGAAAUUGGAUCCACUAAACUCGAUGGGGUGGCUGAAUAUCUCACCAAGAAAUCGACAAUUGCUUGAUGCUGUGAAAACCGAUCUACCCACUCUGUUCGACGCUGUCCGAAGGGAAUCUUCCGCUUCGGCUGCAUCGUCCGUUGUGCUAGUGAGCCCGCAAAAUCCGAUUGGGUUGGCCUGUAUGGAAGAAUGGGAUUCAUACAUCCGAAUGUUAGACGAAAGCAGUCGACCCUUCACGCGAGUGAUCAGUCCUGAGAAAAUUCUGGAGUUGGAGACUUUGGAAGAAGAGGAAGAAGAAGAGGAAGAAGAGGAAGAAGAGGAAGAAGAAGAAGAGGAUGAGCGUGAGAAUAGCCUCCAUGGGGUAAAUGAGGUGAGAGAGGCGAUGUGCGAUGUGGAGCUGUCGACACCCGAUGAUCCCACGCCUAGAUCGCUUGUCGGUUCCCCGAUCAUCCUCAGUCCCGAGCUUGCCCAAAGCACGAGCUACGAGGAAACCCGUUUGGAGACACCGCCACCAAUAGAACCGAUUCCGAAGCUAUUCACGGUUUCAACAAUUCCCGAAGAGGAUGAAGAUGAAGAAGAACAAGAACAAGAGGAGUUACGAGAGGAAAUGAGGAGUAGAGCUGAAUCCUCGUCAUCUUCCGAAGGCCCACCCCAAUUCGAUAUCGAUUUGGGCGCUUUUGAACUGGUUGACACGGGAUUGACAGCCGAAACGAUCCUGUCCAACGAGGAUCCCGUCAUAUUUCAUAAGGAUAUGCCUGUGCAUUCAGUGCAUCACGAUACGGUGCAAACAGAGGCAGCUCUCGAGAAUCUCAUGGCGGCGCCCGAGCGAAUGCUCAGCAAUGUAAUCCCGCCAACAAUGGUCGAUGACAAUUAUUGUUUUGUUGUUGAUGGGGAUAAGAUUCGUAUGGGUGACAUUAUGGGCGAUGACCAAUGGUGGAGACACACUUCUAGACCAACAAAAUAUUUCUACUCGGACGAUUUGAAGAAAUUUCAUCGAGUCAACUGUAUCACAGCAAAGGGAAAGGUAAUCUCAGCCGUUCUUGCUUCGGGUAGCAUGUCUUUGGAUCGAGCAAUUCAAAGUCCAUCCAUUUCAUCGACUCCCCGCUCGUCAAUGAGCGGCGCCAGCUCACGCACAACCGGACACUCGCGAGCUGAUCAGGUGGCUACUGAACACGUUUACAAAGUGAUUCGGUUUUACUCCUUUUGGAAAACUUGUACAUCUUUUCAUCGAAUAGUCACAAUGAUUGAUAAGGUGCAAGCUGAAGGCGCUUCGCAUCCCGAGUUCAAGAAGCGACUCUUUGUGCAAUAUUUGUGGCGAAAUGCGAAAGCCGUUGAUAAGGCGAGAGUUCAACGAGAAUUCGACCCACGAAGGCAACGAUUACUUCGUUUUGUCACCGAUCCACAACAAAAGAGACAAAUAAUCAAUCACCGUGUUGAAGAGAUCACUGAUUCGUCGACGUCCGAGCUGCCGACAAGAACAAAUUCAAUGUCAACAAUUGAAGAGGAAGAAGAACUCGUUUUUCAUAUAAAUGGAGACAAUCUUGAACCGAUCCCCGUUUUCACGAAAGAUCAACCGCCAAUGGAUGGAGCGGCUACAUUAGAGAACACGCUCACUUGUCCGGUUAAAUAUUUGUGCAAGAUCAAUCCGACAAUGGUUGUUGACAAUUUUUGUUUCAUUCUUGAUGGAGAUGCUGUGCCGGUAGAGCCGAUUGUCGCCGAUCACACAUUCUGGAAGCAAACCAGCUCGUCUUCACGCUUUUUUUUCUCCGAGACACUGCGCACUUAUCAUCAGGUGACCCUUCUUUCAUGGAAAGGCUCAGCAAAAGGAGCGUAUCGACGAAAGAAAAUUAAAGGCGGUGGUUUGAUGAGAGUCGAUUUGGAGAGAGUAUUCAAAGUGACCAGACACUUCAGCUAUUGGCGUAGUUGCAAGGGUUUUCAUCGAAUCAUCAGCGUUGUUGUGCCGUUGAAUAAAGAAGGCGAACAAUGGUGCGGCUUUCAAUCACGCGUUUUUGUGCAAUACUUUUGGAGGAGUGAUAAGAAAAGUGAUAAGGAUCGAGUGCUGAAAGAGUACCUUUCACAUUAUGGUCGACGGGAAACGGGAAUUGGAGGAUCGAUGAGUCCGAAUGGGAUCACGAGUGCAGAGAAUAGUGCUGGUCCAUCCGUCAAUCAAUCCGCUCGCAAUUCGGUCCAAUUACCCCGACCCAGCAACUUCCCGUCAAUGUCAAAACGAUCAACAAUUGUCCGUCCCACUUUCCAUCCAGAAACCCCAGCGGAUUUGUCGAAAAAACGAAAAACUUUAGCUCAUCUU